AUGGAACAAACUCCGCCAGAGAGCAGUCCGAUGACAGAUUCUAUGUUACAGCCUGAUGAAGAUUUAAUACUGGACACCGAAUCUCAAUGGAAAUUAGCCAGCAUGUCUCCUAAAACAACAAAGCACAAAUCUUACGUGGAGCGUACAACUCAGCCACACAUCAAAGCCGAGGACAACGAGCUGGAAGAGGUAAAUGGUAUUGCAUGGGUUCCCUCAUCUAGAUCUAAGUCUGCGGAGAAAUCAGUAGCUCAAUCACAAGUCAAGGCGGAGGAUAGUGAGCUGGAAGAAACUGAUGCAGUCGUUUGGUCUUCAUCACGUGCAGGUUCUACAGUACAGACACACCGCAAGCGUUCAAGAACUCAUUCUAUGUCUAGCCCCGGUGUUAAGUUGGAGGGAGACGAUGUUCGACUCAAGACCGAAGCUUCGGACUUUUCAUCUUCAGAUGAGAGGCAGAGCCCCUCAAAGCGUCGCAGAUCAAUCUGGGGCAAGAGUAUUCCUUAUGCUGGAAGAAGACUUAGUCGCUCAAUCUCCCCAAAAUUCCCAACCGUCCAAGAAAUAUGUGAUCCGACAAAGUCUUCCCGCACUCCAAGUCCAGAGGCAACAGAUUCUAGUAAUGGAGAACUCGAGUAUGAGUAUGACUUGGAGAACAGUGACUUUAGUGACAUCGAAAAUGAUGACAAUAAGUCUUCUAUCAAGCCAGAGCCUCCUGAGAAAAAGCGCCGAGAGAGCCCCAUGAAGACUUCACGAGAGUGGUGGGCUCGUUCCUACCGCAGAAAGGCUAGGUUUUACAAGCGGAAAACCCGCAGAGCCUUUGCGAACGAUGGAGUGACUUCAAAAAUUAACAAUCUUAUGAGUCAUAAUCCUAUUGAUGAUCACAGAGAAAGACCUGAUGAAGAGGGAACACCCGGGGUUGAAGCAUCCUCAAAGAAGGAAUACUUUGACCUGGUUCUCAGGAAUAUCCGGACCGAUGGGCGUAUACAUAAGUGUAGAGGAGACAAAACUGCAUUAAAGAUCGCGGGCGAGAGCUUUGGCCGAGCCAAUGUCAAAUAUAAAGAUGAAAAUAGAUGGAGUGUAAAGGGACUAAAUACGGCUCUUUAUCAUCAUCAACUUCUCGGUGCAAGCUGGAUGCUAGGUCGAGAAUUUGACCCAGCGGGUCCACCGGGAGGGCUUGUUUGCGAUGUGAUGGGUCUUGGUAAAACUGUGGAGAUCCUCGCAAUGAGUGUCGGUAACCCUCGUCUCGAAGGUGCAGAGGGACGAGGGAUAGGUCCGACUCUGAUCGUGGUCCCCUCAAGUAUUUCAGCACAAUGGGUCUCGGAAGUAGCCAAGCAUCUCGCUGAUGCCGAUUUGAAUGUGAUCCUCUAUUCUAAAAGCCAGAAACUUUCCAAGAAUACACUUAUCAAGGCUGACCUGGUCAUAACUUCAUAUGACCAGAUCAGAAUGUCCUCACCGUUCCCACCAAAGUCGUGGCUCGCAGACCUCGCUCUAAAGUUGAAGACAAAAGGCAGCACAUUAGAUGAACGGACAUCUAUUGAAGAAUGGAUUGACGACAAUCGCGAAGAGUUCGCCGAAGUUUUGCAUAAGAUUGAAUGGCAUCGAAUCGUUCUUGAUGAAGCUCAUUACAUGAAGAAUCAUGAGUCUAAAACCAGUUAUGCGGCGAGCGCUUUGCUCGGAAAGUAUCGGUGGCUUAUGACAGGAACACCUAUGAUGAACAAGCGAGAAGAACUUUAUUCUUACUUUCGUUUUCUCAAACUCGAUGGCAUCUCAUCCCUUGCAAAUUUCAACCGAGUUUAUGGUGACCACAGAAAUUCAGCUUGCAACAGCCGACUUGAUGAAAUCCUGUCCCGUUUGGUGCUCCGGAGAACUAUGCAGGAUCAAAUUUUGGGGAAAGAACUUAUUACGCUGCCAACACCGCACAAGGAGAACCCAACUGAAUUGUUCCGCUUGGCAACUCGAAAUUUGUAUCGGGCAAUUGAAGCAAAGUUUCGAGAGAUCAUGGCUCAACAAGAGUUCGCAGAUAGUGACCCGCGGAAAAAAAUGAAAUAUCUUAUAGUCAUGAUUCUGCGACUACGGCAGUUUACCGCGAGUCCAUUAGCUAUCGAGCCGCAAAUAAAGGCUUUAUUCAAUAUUGAGGAACUUCAAGAGUUACGGAAGGGCAUGAAUAAUUCAUGUCCUGCUUUAUAUGAGCGAAUGGGAAUCUGGAUCGACAGUUUAAAGAGUGGCCACGGACCCUCAAUUGGUAGUAAAGAUCUUGACGUACACAUUUGUGAAUCUUGUAACCAAGUAGCAGAUGACCCUCAGCAAAUUCGCAAUGGUCGCAGGGGCCGAAAAAGUUGUGAUCAUGUCUUUUGCCAAAGUUGCAUAGAUAUGAGCAUUACUGCACAAAUUGCCAGAACAGAUGAUAUUGUGUGUCCAGCUCAUGACUGUGGCAGAGAAUUCAACCAGGCUCGCAUGAUAUCACUUGAUUCAUGGUCCACGGGACCAGAAGACGACUCUAGCAUGAGAAAAGGACGAGAUGCAUUGGGAUUUCUACCGAGAUUGAGUGUCAGGUCUGAGUGGCUUGAAGAUUUUGACAAAGGAACCGUCAAGCUUCCUCACACCCCAAAAGUGGAAGCUAUUAAAAAGAAGCUUCAAACUUGGCGUCGUGAGGCACCCUCUGAUAAAAAAGUUAUCUUUGUUCAGUGGAAGUUGAUGAUGAGACUCACCGGAAUUAUGCUCGAAGAAGAAGAUUUCCACUUCUUGUACUAUACCGGGGAAAUGAAUGCUGAAGAUCGAAAACAUACUCUACUUGAAUUCGAGAAAAAUCCCGAGAUCACAAUACUUGUCAUUGGCCUAAAAGUUGGAGGCGUGGGCUUGAAUCUUGCGUUUGCCAAUCGCGCGAUUAUGGUCGAUCUCUGGUGGAAUUCUGCGACAGAGUCUCAGGCCUAUGGUCGAAUCUUUCGACUUGGCCAACUCAAGGAGACAUAUUUCGUGAGGUUCAUGAUGAGAGAAUCAGUUGACAUCAGGCUACUUCGCAUGCAAGUUUUUAAAUCAAUCAUUAUUGACGGCACGCUUGAAGGCAAAACUACGUUAACUUGGACUGAAGCUCUGUCCUUCUUGGGUGAAGUCAAGUGGGGCGACAAUGGUGAUUUCAAAAUCGAUUCAGAUUACGAUAAGCUCGAGGAAUGGCUCGGUGACUGGUUGAACAAGCAAAAUAACGUCUAA